UGAUAUGGGCGAGACCAAGUACCGAAUUUGAUAACAUUGUGUUACUCAAUGAUUUUAAUAAAUUCUCUAGAGUCAUCACUAAGAUCUGUAGAGAGAUCAACAGGAGUGAAGAGGAGAGGGGGUUCAGUCAGAGAUCAAGGGAACCUAAGAGCCAUCAACAAGAUUUUGUACAAGAGGAAGAUGAAGCCUGGGAUUCAGAAACGUUUGAUAUGAGUGAUAAUGACUAUGAGAACCCUGACGAGGACGACAGUUAUAUCUGUGCCUUGUCUGACCGCCUGCCACCUGCAGAGGGAGAGGAGGAAGAGGAGAGUGAUGGUGACUAUGAGCCUCCUCCCUCAGCUACAGAGGAGAUCCCCCGCCUCCUCAAUCUCCCCAAGCCCCUAGGGAACAGUGACUAUAUAGAUUCUGUGCGUGGAGGUCCGUCAGUAACUCUUCCUAAUGGAAGGACUCCGAGACCACACCAGCGCCCUGGUCCUCAAGCCCUGGCCACCAGCCAUAACACACUGGCCAGACCUCCCACAUCCAGACUAGACCCCUCCCCUCAGAGGCCAUUCAAAGCUGCAGGCAAAUCAGGCCCUUCUGUCCCUCUGGUCGACCGAAGCAAGAAGCCUGGACAUCCCGCUCCCACCAAGAAACAACAUCAUCACACAAACACCAAAACAACUCCUACAAGAGAGGGCAGUCCAUUCAGCUCUCCCCAGCCCGCCAUAGUGAAGCCACCUCAACUAAAGGGCCCAAAGCCACCAGACUAUAGAUCCAGCUCCAGUAAACCUCCUGAUCCUUCUUACCCACCUCCUUUAAUGGUCCCCAACACAAUGCCAGGCACAGGGAAGGCCAUUGAUCCUGAGUGGUAUGGAGGACUGGUGACCAGAGGCCAGGCUGAAGCAUCUCUCAGAUGGGUUAACAAGGAUGGAGCGUUUCUGGUGAGGGACAGUUCCAAGGGGUCUUCUGAGCAGCCCUACACCCUCAUGGUGCUGAACCAAGGCAAGGUCUACAACAUCCAGAUACGUCACCAAGGCAACACAUACCACCUGGGCACCGGCCUCAUGGGUAGCGAGAGUUUUUCAGGCGUGGAGGAGAUUAUAGAACACCACACACACACCCCUCUGCUGCUCAUAGACAUGGAGAGAGGACCUGGAGCACAGAGCCAGUGCUGCCUGCUGCACCCUGCACCACUCUGACCAGAACCAGCAGCACAGGAGACACUGUGUGUGUUCUCAAUGACCUGGUUAAAUAAAGGGAAGAAAACAAGUGUAUAAAGUAGCUGGUAAAGAUUGAUUUUGAUUUUUGAUUUGAUUUGGAUAAAAUUUUGUCCCCAUUUGGACUAAUCUUCCAAGAGUCC